UCUCUCUCUCUCUCUCUCUCUCUCACGCACGAUUUAACCCCAGACUUCUACGUAUGGUUCCGCCCCUCUUCUCUGAGUUCUAUUCCAUUUGUAUCGAAAAAGCACAAAUUGUUUUGAUCCGAUCUGGUGCACCGCCGGCGAGACUUCGUGUAGCUGGGGUCGCGAUCGAUCGGAGAAUCGAGGAGGAGCUGUAAUCUGUGGAUUUUUCUUGGUACUUCUGACUUAUUAGAUGGGUUGCUUUCCGUGUUUUGGAUCGGCCAGUCAGAGGGAAGAGGAGGAAGUGAAGAAGAAGAAUGAGGGUAAAGCGGGUGGGGCUUACCAUAAGGAUUCUUCCGCCGCCACGGCGUCUAAUCAUGGCAGUAUUGAUAAAUCGAAGUCGCGGAUGGGUUCAGACACCAGUAAAAAAGCAUCAACUCCCAAAGAAUGCAAUGCUGAUCAUAUUGCAGCAAAGACGUUCACUUUCCGUGAACUUGCUGCUGCCACUCAGAACUUUAGACAAGAUUGCCUUUUGGGUGAAGGUGGUUUUGGCCGUGUAUAUAAAGGAAGGUUGGAAAAUGGACAGGUUGUUGCUGUUAAGCAACUUGACAGAAAUGGCCUUCAGGGGAACAGAGAAUUUCUGGUUGAAGUCCUCAUGCUUAGCCUCCUACAUCACCCUCAUCUUGUCAAUCUGAUCGGUUAUUGUGCUGAUGGUGAUCAACGAUUGCUUGUCUAUGAGUUCAUGCCAUUGGGAUCAUUAGAAGAUCAUUUGCAUGAUAUCCCAGCUGACAAGGAGCCACUAGACUGGAACACGCGGAUGAAGAUAGCAGCUGGUGCAGCUAAAGGCUUGGAAUACCUUCAUGAUAAGGCGAACCCUCCAGUUAUUUACCGUGACUUCAAAUCAUCGAACAUACUUCUUGGUGAAGGUUAUCAUCCAAAGUUGUCAGAUUUUGGGCUUGCAAAACUUGGUCCAGUUGGUGAUAAGACUCAUGUUUCAACAAGAGUGAUGGGCACAUAUGGUUACUGUGCUCCCGAGUAUGCUAUGACAGGGCAGUUAACUGUGAAAUCUGAUGUUUAUAGUUUUGGUGUUGUCUUUCUCGAACUGAUUACUGGGCGUAAAGCAAUUGACAACACACGACCUGCUGGAGAACAAAAUCUAGUUGCAUGGGCUCGUCCGUUAUUUAAAGAUCGAAGAAAGUUCCCUCAGAUGGCUGAUCCGUUGCUACAAGGCCAUUAUCCUGCAAGAGGCUUAUAUCAGGCAUUGGCUGUUGCAGCAAUGUGCUUGCAGGAGCAAGCAGCUACUCGUCCACUCAUAGGGGAUGUUGUGACAGCACUUUCAUAUUUAGCUUCACAAACUUAUGAUCCGAAUUCAGCUACUGGUCAGAGUACUAGGUUUGGCCCAUCUACCCCAAGAUCGAGAAGUGGAAAGGACCAUCAACAUGCUGUCCAUUCACCACAGCGAAAUUCUCCAGAUCUCAGGCAAAGGGAUCCAGUGAAGGGACUAAGCAAAGGUGCAAAAGUUGGCAGAGGUGGUUCUGGUUGCGGAUCCGGGCAGAAGUGGGGCUUGGAGGAGUCUGAGACACAAGAGUCUCAGAUGGAUAGCCCAGUCCACAUUGACGGAGCAAGAGACUCCCCGAAGAACCGUGAUCUUGUCAGAGAGCAUGCUGUUGCAGAGGCCAAAUUAUGGGGUGAGAAAUGGAGAGAGAGACAGCGGAGAAAUGCACCAGAUAGCUUCGAAAGUACACACGAGUAGAGGUCCUUCCAGAUCCAUUCAUUUGGAUGGUACUUUUGCAUGUUUUGCCUUCAUGUAAAGGAGGAUGUAGGUUGGAAUUCAACAACUGGUCAGUAGGCACGACAUCGCAGCUUUCACGGUACCAUUAUUCUUUGUGAAUAAUCCAACUUUUGUGGUGUCACCGCUCACUUCUCAAACUGCCGUGGACUGUGGUAUCUUUUCAUGCAAGGUUAUGUGUCUCGCGGAGGCCUUGUCAUUCGACAUUGAAGCUCAAAGAAAGAUAAAAGAAGAAAAAGGUCCAAAAAGUGUUAAAGUGUUGCAUUUCAGAAUGCAUACAUGCAAUGUAGCACGGGCCAUUACUAUGUCGUUGAAUUGGUGCAUAUUCGAUGUAGGGCCUUUAUUGGUCUAAAAUACAUGAAAAUUUCAUUAGUUUUUUGUCCAUAAAAUAUAUAUAUGAGUUUGCUUUU